AUGCCCUGCCUCCACUCCGACGCGCUGGAGUCCGUGGAGCCCGCGGAGCCCGUGGAGCCCGGCCGCGCGGCGCCGCGGUCGCCUCGUGCCGCAGGGACGCGCGAGCCGUUCCGCGCGGACGCUCCGAGCGAGCCGGCGGUCGCGCGAGGCACGCGUUGGUUCUGCCCCCCGACGUGGCGCCUCCGAACCGAGACGCGGAACACGCUGGACGAAGGUUUCAGGAACAACAAAGUGCAGACGUGGCUGGACGACAACGGCGAUUUCGGGACGACGUUCUCUUUACGCAGAGCUUCAGCGUGCCUUGAUGCCCGCACACACACGUCUCCGCUGCCGCGGAUCCCGCGGAGUCGCUCCGACCACUCUGACCUGUCCAUGAAGCGUCAUCGCCGUGUGACCGAGUCCCACUCGACCGUCUCAUCCUCACCAGGCAGACUCAAACCCCUCUCCUCCAGUCUCAGCGCGCGCGACUGCUUGGAUCGCUACAGUCCAGAUGUUCUGAGCGGCCGCUCCCCGUGUUCCCCUCGCUCCUCUCGCGCCUCCCGCUUCUCCUUUUCGCCCCGUCGUCCCCUGUCGCCCCGUUGCACCCAUUCCCCAGACUCGCCUGAACUUCUGUGCGCCACUGCUGCGAAGACCGCGGUUCCUGGCGGCUGCGAGGGAUGCCCGUGGGCGACGGGGCUCCUGGGGGGGGGUCUCAGCCGGGUGGGCUCCGUGGCGGAGCUCUGCGAGGGGGCCGCCGCGCACGCAGGGGCGCUGCUGGAGGCCGAGUGCUGCUCGCUCUGCCUGGUAGAGAAGGACGGCGGCGGAAGGAGGAGCCUGGAGGAGGUGGUCGGCCCCACGGCCCCGGGGCCCUGGAGCAGCCGUGCACACCAAGAGCUGGUGAAGAGCAUAAUGGGAUGUGUACUGGCCACGGAGUCAACGAUGAACCUGAGCGACCUAUCGGAGGAUCAGAGAUUCAACGUUGAUCAAGAGCAGACAUCAGACUUUAAGAGGAGGGGUGUUUUGAGUUUGCCCAUUAAAAGCACCAGGGGAAAGGUUCUGGGUGUGGUGGUAAUGAUCAAAGGGAGAAGUCCUGAAGACAGUCCACUUUCUGUUUUUACAACAAUGCAUGAGAAGGUUCUGUCAGGUCACAUGGACGCGUUGGGGAUGUUCCUGGACCACCUCCGGCUGUACGAGAGCGCGAGGCAGGAGGCCGGACGCAGCCAGGCCUUGCUGGAGAUGGCGCAGGUGCUGUCGAAGGAGCACCACUCCUUCGAGGUUCUGCUGACCAAGAUGGCCGCCACCAUCUUGCCGUCCACGCGCGCUCAGUACUGCACCAUCUUCAUCCCCAGCGAGCGAACCUCCACUGAGAAGAUUUCAUUCUCCAAUGUAAUUCACUUGGAGUGUGAGGAGUUCGGCUCAAGCUGCCAGAUCUACAGAAGGGAGCAUGACAUCAGCGACAUAGAUCCAUCGCAUGCCCUUCGAACCGCGGCCACCGGGAGGACCCUGAACGCGCCGGGGAGCGGCGAGGGGUCAACGCGGAGCCUGAUCUGCUGCCCCGUUAGAAACGGGAGGUCGGACGACGUCAUCGCCGUGUGCCAGCUGAUGAACAAACGCAGCGGCGAGGCCUUCGACGGCUACGACCGGCGCCUCCUGGAGGACCUGGCCGUGUACUGCGGCCUGGCGCUGCAGUACGUCCAGGCCGUGCGGAUCACGGAGCAGCGGAGAGCCAGCAUCGAGGUCACGCAGGAGGUGCUUGCCUACCACAUCACGGCGGCGGAGCGGGAGAUCCAGGCGCUGCAGGAGGCCCCCGUUCCCUCUGCCGAAGCGCUGCACAUCUUGCACUUCCACUUCUCCGGCUUCGGCCUGCCGGAGGAGCUCAGCACGCAGGCCACCGUGCGCAUGUUCCUGGACCUCGGUUUGGUGCGGGAGUUCAACAUCGACUACAGGACUCUGUGCCAGUGGGUCCUGACGGUGAGACGAGGCUACAGGAACAACGUGCCUUAUCACAACUGGAGCCACGCCCUGAGCACGGCGCAGAGCAUGUUCGCCAUGCUCAUGGCCACAGACGAACUGCAGGCUGUUUUUUCUCGCCUGGAGAUCUUGGCACUGAUGAUAGCCACUCUGAAUCAUGAUCUAGACCACAGAGGAGUGAAUAACUCCUACAUCGAAAGGACUCAGCAGCCUUUAGCUCAGCUCUAUGGACACUCUUCUCUUGAGAAUCACCACUACAGCUUGUGCCUCUUCAUCUUAAACAACACCGGGAGUCAGAUCCUCAGCGGUCUCUCAGCAGAAGCCCACAGAGCUGUGCUACUCAUGAUCAAAAGGGCCAUUCUCUCCACUGACCUGACUGUCUACAUGGAGAGGAGGAAAGAGUUCUUUUCUCUCACCAAGAAAAGCAGAACGAACUGGAGGAGUGAGAAACAACGAGACCUGUUGAGGUCAAUGCUGAUGACAGCCAGUGACCUCUCUGCUGUCACAAAGCCUUGGCCCGAACAAAAACGUAUUGCCAACCUGGUUGCCAUGGAGUUCUUUGCACAAGGGGACAAGGAAAAGGAGGAGCUUAAUGUUAAGCCCAUUGAUAUAAUGAACAGGGAGAACAGCAAACGACUUCCAUACAUGCAGGUUGAAUACAUUGAUGACAUCUGCUGUCCACUGUACAAGGCUUUAUCAAGACUGUUUGACGCCUGCUCCCCGCUGCUGAACGGCUGUAAGACAAACAGGGAGAAGUGGCUGCAACUUGCUGAAAAAGAACAAAAAGAAAACAGUGAAAGCAGCGUAACCCUGGAAAGAAAUUUGCAAGCAGAUGAAAGGACAGAUCAACUAUUAACAUGACAUUGAUUCAGUGCACAGUGAACAAACCACAGUAACUUGAGACAGAGAAUCCUGACUGAUUACCUGUUGGUCAGACGUUUUGCGAAAUCUUUCUGUCUUUGUUCAAAUCGAUGCACAUAAAUGACUCAACAUCUUCCAAUGAAUGUGUAACCAAUUUAACACUGAGUACAUUAUAAAAAUAACUGCAUUUUC